AUGCAGAGAGCUGGACAAGUCAGAGAUUUUCCAUAUCAUCAGUCAGAACACUGUUAUGAACAUGUUAUAUUUGAUGAAGGUUACGUCGAAGGUGGUGUUAUCAAUCAGGCAUUUAUUCGUUGUUCAAAAAAUAAAAUACAAGAAUUAUUUUUAAAUGAUGCAUCACGUCAUCCUCAACGUGCGUCGGUACCAGUUAUAACGAUUGAAAAAGCGGCAUGUGUUACUGCCUGGAAUUGGUAUGAUUAUUUAUUUCGAACGACUGUAGAAUUGUUUGAAACAACGCGUUCAGUACUGCGAAGAAACUAUCAACUACAUGGUUCACCUGAUCCACCAACUAUAAACGACUAG